GUUGCUUGAGACUACAACUCCCAUGAGGCCAUUCUGAAGGCUGCAAGCAAAGGAGUGGGUGGGUUCAUAUGGAGCAGGGCAUUUUGGGAAUUGUAGUUCAGGAUUCCUAUGCAGGUGUGGCCAGAAGGCAAUGAGGGGUCUUGAGCAUUCAUAAGAGACGAGAAGCAUUGUAAUGUCUCCAACCACAGCCUAUUAGAGGUCCAGUGAAGAAGGAAAGUGAAAACCAGAGUUUUAAAUUCAGGUUCUUGAGCCAUGGCUUCCUGCUGUCCCAAGGAGCAGCUUCAGAAGGCAGCAACCUGCUCCAUUUGCUUAGGAUAUUUCGUCAACCCAGUGAGUCUUUAUUGCAGACACCAUUUCUGCAGUGACUGCAUUUACCGAACCUGGGCAGGAAUGCCCACAGAACCCGCCUGCCCUUGCUGUGGAAGAAGAGCACAGCCAGAAAACCUGAUGCCAAACAGGAAGAUGGUUGCCUUUGUAGAGAUAAUCAAACAGGUGUGUGAAACACCACAGCAAGAGGCAGAAGAGGAGAGACUCUGUGAGGAGCACCAGAAGCCUUGCCUGCUCUUCUGUAAACAGGACAAUCUCCUCCUCUGCUCGGUCUGUGAGCAAUCUGGAAAACACCAGGCUCACCACAUGGUUUCUGUGGAGGAAGCUGCCCAAGUGUACAAGGAUCGGAUACAUAGCCUCCUGGCUGACUUAAGGAUGGACAGAAAAAACUGUCUGCUGAAAAAAGCAAAGGCAGAAACAGAAAGUCAAGAGCUGCUUAAACAAACGGAUCAUGAGAGGGAAGUCUUUGUGUCUGAAUUGAAACAUCUUCAGGACUUUCUGGAGGGCUACCAAGAUUGCUUUCUAGAAAAGCUUACAAUCGUAGAAAACAAGGUCAACUGCAAGAGCCGGGAGUUCAUGGCCGAACUCACUAAGGACCUGGACUUCUUGAAAAAGGCCUCUGAGGAACUGGAGAGAAGGUGUCUGCUCCCUAAGACCCAACUCCUGCAAGAUGUUGGACAUGCCUUGCCAAUGUAUACACAGGAAAUUAGAAAAAUGGCACUUCCUUUUGAACUGAAGUGGAAGAGCUGGGACCUCCUCGAUACAAAUUAUGUUCUCGAUGAUGUUUUGGAUCAGUUUAAAGAUGUGAUGUCAUCUGCAUUGCUGCAGCUGGAGAAAGUCAAUGUGACCCUGGACCUAGAAGGGCUUCAUCCUCAAGUUGUCUUCUCUGAAGAUCAUCAAAGCAUGACAUGGAGAAGACUCGAAGGCCUGCUUGGCAACCUGGAACAAGCUGGGGAACUUUCUGUUGUGCUGGGCAAGGAGAAGCUUUAUUUUGCCAGAUAUUUCUGGGAAGUGGAUGUGGGAAGUGAGGAAGACUGGGCUGUGGGGGUUGGCACAGAGUACAUGGAUCUGGAGGGCAUAGCCAUCUCUGGCCCUAGGGAAGGGAUCUGGGCUUUUGGAAAGUGGAUGGGCAAAUAUAGGGCUGUUAGCCCUACUGAAUUUACUGAUGUGUCCCUAAAGGGGAGUCCCAGGAGGAUCAGAGUGUGUGUGAAUGGUGGUGGAGAGCGGGUAUCCUUUCUUGAUGCUGACACUGCAGUCCUUCUCUACAUGCUUUCAUUGGUGAUAGUCCCUAGUGAACCUUUUCGUCCCUUCUUCUGGGUAUGCAAUAAAGGCCAUCUCCAACUCAAUCCCUCAGGCAGUUAAAACUUGCUGAACAUUCGUUUCUGGACCCCAAUCAAGCUUCCUAUUCUUUGCUGCAACUCAGGAGGCUUGUCCCCUGCCCCAAGCGCCUUAUUCAAUGUGACUAACUUGUUUUAGCAGUCCCAUGCCAAAGGAGAGCCUGCAUAUAAAUUCUGAUGAAAAGUUCUGAAUUAUGGGAAGUUGAGUGCCUAAAUUGGCUGGAUGCCAAAGUGGGUAGGGGAUACUUCCAUGUAUUGUGGCAUGGUUUUUAGCUAUUAGUUAACCAGACCCAGCUAUUUGUUAGAUGCUGUUUUAUAUGAAUGUAACUUCUGUGAGCUUGAAAUAAAGUUUUCUCUUCCUGCUGC